AUGGAAGGGCUGCUGACAAGAUGCAGAGCCAUGCCCACUCUGGCCACCUGCCACCACCAGCUCUCUGGGUACAUUCCCCGCAGGUUUCCCCACUGUGCCCCAGGGAGAGGGAAGCGCUUGGUGCUGUCCCGCAUGUUCCAGCCCCAGAACCUUCGGGAAGACCAGGUGCUCCCACUGGAUGGCAGAUCUGGUGACCUGACCUGUAAGAGCCAGCGGCUGAUGCUGCAGGUGGGCCUGAUCCACCCAGCAAGCUCCGGCUGUUACCACCUCCUGCCUUAUACUGUUCGUGCCAUGGAGAAGCUGGUGCGGGUGAUAGACCAGGAGAUGCAGGCCAUUGGCGGGCAGAAGGUCAAUAUGCCCAGCCUCAGCCCAGCAGAGCUCUGGCAAGCCUCCAACCGGUGGGACUUGAUGGGCAAGGAGCUGCUACGACUUAGAGACAGACACGGCAAGGAAUACUGCCUAGGACCAACUCACGAGGAAGCCAUCACAGCCCUGGUUGCCUCCCAGAAGACACUGUCCUACAAGCAGCUCCCAUUCCUGCUGUACCAGGUGACAAGGAAGUUUCGGGACGAGCCCAGACCCCGCUUUGGUCUUCUCCGUGGCCGAGAGUUUUACAUGAAGGACAUGUACACCUUCGACUCCUCCCCAGAGGCCGCCCGGCAGACCUACAGCCUGGUAUGUGAUGCCUACAGCAGCCUGUUUGACAGGCUGGGGCUGCAGUGUGUCAAGGUGCAGGCAGACGUGGGCAGCAUCGGGGGCACGAUGUCUCACGAGUUUCAGCUUCCAGGGGAGAUCGGAGAGGACCGGUUUGCUGUCUGUACCAGCUGCAGCUUCUCGGCCAACGUGGAGACGCUAGACUCGUCUCAGAUGAACUGCCCUGCUUGCCAGGGACCACUGACUGAAACCAAAGGCAUUGAGGUGGGGCACACGUUUUACCUGGGCACCAAGUACUCCUCCAUUUUCAAUGCCCAGUUUAUUAACGUCCAUGGCAAACCCUCCCUGGCUGAAAUGGGGUGCUAUGGCUUAGGUGUGACCCGGAUUCUGGCUGCUGCCAUUGAGGCUCUCUCUACCGAAGACUGCAUUCGCUGGCCCAGCCUCCUGGCUCCUUACCAAGUCUGCCUCAUCCCCCCGAAGAAGGGCAGUAAGGAAGAGGCGGCUGCAGAGCUCACGGGGCAGCUGUAUGACCACGUCUCAGAGGCAGUGCCGCAGCUUCGCGGGGAGAUCCUGCUGGACGACAGGACCCACCUGACCAUUGGGAACAGACUGAAGGAUGCCAACAAAUUUGGCUACCCCUUCGUGAUCAUCGCCGGCAAGAGGGCCUUGGAGGACCCUGCCCAUUUUGAGGUUUGGUGCCAGAACGCCAGUGAAGUGGUCUUUCUCACCAAAGAAGCAGUCAUAGAAUUACUGAGCCACGUGCAGGUUGUCUAA